UAAUGGAAUAGCGGCUGCCAAGAAAGUUCUGUACUAUAGAUCGUAGGGAUUUAAACAAUACAUAGGGAAAGUUAGGUAAAGCGAGACAAAAUAACAUAUUGAAAAGUACAAUAAAAAAUAAAAAUGGUUUCCUGCUGCUCUCGGUGUCAAGAAGGGAUGCUGCAUGAAUACAAAUAAUGAUUUAUAAAAUCCGCAACAUGAAAUUAUGAAAAUAUCAGGAUGGAUACUGAAAAAGUUGAAGACAAAACAGCCACCCCACCGACGUCAAAAUUAAAUAGCCCUACCACUGAAGCUUUGGAAGCAGCUAUACUAAAAGUUUACUUGAAUUCCGGAAGUUGCGUUAUAGUUAAAUUUGCUGUCGAUACUUUAGUUAAAACUGUAGUACAAGCAGUGAGCAGUCAAAUUGCUUGUGGUUCUCGAGUGUUUGAAGGCUUAUAUGGGAUAAGACUUGCUCACACUUUAUCUGAUGAUGUUUAUUGGAUCCAUGGGGAAAGUGUUGUACUUCAAGUUGUCCAAAAGUUCCAGGCAUUAUUAUCCAUUGAUGAGUGGAGAUAUGAAUUACGAGUGCGAUAUUUACCAAGUGACCUGCGAGAACUAUAUGAGAAAGAUAAAGUGACAUUCCAUUAUUUUUACGAACAGGUGAAGAAUGAUUAUUUGAAGUUAAAGUGUAAUCUAGAUCAAGAAUUGGCUCUUCAACUUUGCUGCAUUGAAAUUCGGAGAUUUUUUAAAGAUCUCUCCCAUAUUGCUCUUGAUAAGAAGUCAAAUUUUGAAUAUCUGGAACGUGAUGUUGGCCUGCACAAAUUCUUACCUGCUGCUGUGAUUACUGCACAUAAACCAAAAACUUUGAGGAAGCUGAUGCAAUCACAUAUGAAAAAGUUUGUCUCCCUCAGUGAAGUAGAUUGUAUGUUCAAAUUUCUUCGUCUAGUCCACCCUGUACUAUUGUAUGACAGAGAAAUCUUCAAGUGUGCCCUAGGUGGUGGUUGGAGUGUUCCAAUUGAACUAGUCAUUGGUCCUGAUCUUGGAAUCAGCUACUUAACAGAUCGAGCUACACAGCCAACACACAUGGCAAGUUUUCAUCAGGUUCAGUCGCUACAUACUAUUCAGUCUGAGUACGAGAGUGGAUGCAAAGCCAUCCUUCAAUUGAAAAUAUCUGGUGCUUCAGAGAUGUUAAGUGUGUCUUGUCCGACACUGGCCAUAGCAGAAAGUAUGGCCGAUCUAAUUGAUGGGUAUUGUCGAUUAGUCCAUAAAACUCAAACAUCUUUUUGGAACAGAAAGAAUGAAAGGUGUCCUAAUUUGAGUUCUCCUCAAAGUGACAUUGACGAUGAUACUGAUAACAAGAAAGAAAUUGUAUUUCGAGGAGACAGCAGUGAUUUGAUUGAUGACGAGGGAGAUUAUUCUACACCUGUUGCUCGAGAUUAUGAAUUGAUUAGAGGUGAUAUCACUUUAGAAGAUAUUAUUGGAGAAGGUCAGUUUGGAGAUGUACACAGAGGAACUUAUAAAUACAAGGAUUCACAAAGUAUUCCUGUUGCUAUCAAAACUUGUAAAGUAGAAAGUGAAGAAUCUGUAGGUGAAAAGUUUUUAGAAGAAGCCUAUAUUAUGCAACAGUUUGAUCAUCCACAUAUAACUCGUCUUAUUGGUAUCUGCUCUGAAUCUCCCAUAUGGAUAGUAAUGGAGCUGGCUAAGCAUGGCGAGAUGAGAGCAUAUCUUCAAAACAAUCAGUCACGCCUCGAUCUGGGUAUAUUAAUUUUGUAUGCAUACCAGUUGAGUACUGCUUUGUCUUAUCUUGAAUGUAGAAAAUUUGUUCACAGGGAUAUUGCGGCAAGAAAUGUACUUGUAUCAGCUAGAGAUUGUGUAAAGUUAGCAGAUUUUGGUUUGUCUCGCUGGGUAGAAGAUCAAUCUUAUUACAAGGCAUCAAGAGGAAAACUUCCCAUCAAAUGGAUGGCUCCAGAGUCCAUCAAUUUUCGAAGAUUCACCACUGCCAGUGACGUCUGGAUGUUUGGUGUGUGUAUGUGGGAGAUUCUGAUGUUUGGGGUGAAACCUUUCCAGGGUGUGCGCAAUAAUGAUGUCAUUGUGAAGAUUGAAAAUGGUGAGCGUUUACCUCUUCCACCUAAUUGUCCCCCUCGGCUUUACAGUUUGAUGUCUCAGUGUUGGUCGUAUGAGCCAUCUAAGAGACCAAGUUUCAAAGAAAUGAAGCAUGUUUUGAGGGAGAUAUUGGAAGAUGAGCGAACUCAAGUUGAAGAUACCCUAAAACGAGAAAAUCGAAGGGUUCAAGCUAUGUCUUGGGGCUCUUCAGGAUCAGAUGAACCACCACCAAAGCCUACUAGGCAGCUAGUAGAUAUAGUUGCACCACCAGAAGAGCCAACCACUUACAUUGUGGCUCCUAAUCCUGAAGUUCUGGCUAAAUUAAUUCAAGACAAUGCUAACAGUUUACCACCUGCAUGGGCUUAUGUUGCACCUGCAUCCCCUGCUAACACAUUCACUGUAGCAAAAUAUGGAGAGGGGGAAGAGGGAAAUUCUGAAUACAAUCAGCCGGGAGAUAUGAAUUCCACUGCUCAAAUUUUAGAAACCAAAGUUGAAAAUCUGGCUCAGAAAUGUCAAGAACUAAAUUUGGAACAGGCAAGAAAAAGAUUAUCCUAUAGUGAUCACUCACAUGGUUCUGACUCUGAAAGUGCCAGCACUGUUCCUGGUUCUCCAACUCUUGGAAAUGAUCAAAUGCUCGAGAGCCUAGAUUCCUAUCCCAUCGAAAGGAAGUUAUCUAAUGGGUUUGAUGAAUCUCCGAUUAAUUCUGAAUCUGCAUCAGUGACUAAACCUGUAACGCCUACGUCAACCUUAUCAUCAUCUUCACACGUUUCUAGUUCCAGUGCUGGAAAUGAUCCAGUAUACGAGUGUACUACCAGUGUAGUUCGUUCUGUAAUGCAGUUGUUGCAGGGUGUUCAAAAAGGACAACACUCGGACUAUUUGGAGCUUGUUAAGAAUGUUGGAAUUGAACUGCGUAAUCUUCUAGCUGCGGUAGAUCAAAUAGUCCCAACUUUACCAUCAUGGUCACAUAAAGAGAUUGAGAUGGCUCAUAGUGUUCUUAGCAAAGACAUGGUAAAUCUAGUGCAAGCCAUGAAGCAGGCUCAGCGAUUCGCAAUGACAACUCUGGACGGCGAAUACCGCAAACAUAUGCUGUCAGCUGCUCAUAUAAUAGCUGUUAAUGCUAAGAAUCUUCUUGAUACAGUGGCCACAGUUCGCAUACGCAUGCAAUCGGGUCUGGGACCCGAAGAUGCCCUGCCGGCUCGAGAAACGGCAUCGAUCGAAAGCAAUAUUGUCGAAGCUGAAGCGGAACCACCCCAACUGAAUCAGCCAAUCGAAUCCUCGUAUUACAAUAUCCAGGGUGAAGUGAGUGAUAUGGACAAUGUUGGCGGUUCUCGAAACUCAAAUAAUGUGAGAAAUGGGGCUUUUGUGACAUAGUAUUGAAGUUAAUAGACAAUUAUCUGAAGCAUUCAUUAAAAAUAUCUGUAAAGAACAAAAGUUUAUAACUUGCAUCUUUAAAGUUUUUGUGCCUGGUGUCAAAUAUUUUUUUGAAUUCACCAGUUGAUGCAAUGACGAAUACUCCUUGUUCUCCAUUCUCUAUUAGAAUUCUUAUAUUUUAGUUAUAAAAAUUUACUUAUUUUAGCAUAGAAGUUAAAAUUUAUCUAAUUUCCUAUAUGUUUUGAAAUUAAUAUGAGAUGCUAUGAUGCUUAGCUGCUGCCAAAUUUUUAAAGAAAAUAUAGUUGAAUUGAUGACAAAACUUUUUAAAAAAGGAAACAAUUUGCAACUUAAGUUUAUGCAUAGGUUAACAAAAAACUAUUUAUUAUUUAGAAAUGAGUGCAAAAUUGCUUGCGUUUUUAGUAUAUAUUACCAAAACAUUGAAUUUUAUCUACUAUGAGAAAAAUUACUGUCUUAUAUCUCAAUUAAUAUUCUUUUAGGAACUAAUGAUAAUUGUUUCCACUGUUAUUGGUGACAGAAAUAUGUUUAAGUAUUAAAAUUCUUUUCGAGAUGUUAAAAAUACUGCUUUUUUAUGCGAAAGGUUCAAGUUCACCAGCAGCUUUUUCUUCUUUUUUUGUAGUUUUAUUCUAAAAAGUUUCCUGUAGAGGAAAUAUUUGAAGCUCAAAGUCAGAAGUUACCAAAUUUUAAGCUUAUAUAAGAGAAACCUUUUAUUUAUUUAUUCAAAGUCUGAGUCUAUGAAAUUGAAAAAAAUUAUCUUCAAAAAUGUAAAAUGAGAUGCAUUUUAGGAAAAUGAAUAUUAACUUACUUGCUCGAAGUAAAUUUAUUUGAUACUUUCUCUCUAAUUGAAGGGGUGAGGGAAAAAAAGAAUCGAUUUUAAUCCCUUCCAAUUCAAUUCCCAUCUUGUUGAAAAGGGUUUUUUCUGUGAUGAAUUUAGCAAAAUCGAUUGCUUAUUAACGUGAUCUGUUCGGAACACUUUUUACAGGCGUGAGAUUCUUCCGAAUUUUGGCAGAAUUUUCAAUUUAUUAAACUUUAGAAGAAUUCUUAAUAUUUCUACGUUAUUUUAUUUACUUUUUUGUUAUUUUCUUCAAUCAUUAUUUAUAUAUAAAGCGUAACAGUUUGUCGAACUGUCAAUGUACACAUGUAGUAAAGAAAAAGCUUUAAAUCAAUAUAAAAAUAAUUAAAAUGUUUUUUUUCUUCAUGCAAAAUAGUUUCACACGCUUUUUUUUUCUUCAUUUCAGUUCAUAGGUAUUUUCAGAUUUUUAGUCUUUUUCGCACUGUCGUGCCUGGUUUUAGCACACAAGAUUAUUUGUUUAUUGCAAUGGUGAUUGACAACGACACGUCUGCUGUAAAAUCAAUCAUCAUUCCAAAAUUACCUUCAUGUUGUCAUUUUUCUUUCUCUCAUUUACAAUUUCACAAAAAGUAAAGUUAACAUUUUUAUAAUCAUUAGCCUUGUUUUACUAUAUACUUUGAACCCUUUGGUGCAUCUGCAUAUUGACAAAUCACUGUUUUGCUAGAUAAUAACACGAGACCAACUUGUUUGCUCUAAUGGGAACGCAUACAGAAUAUGAAGCAGAUUUGUACUAAGGGUAAAAUAUUAGAAUGAUAUUUUUACAUACUCUAUUUCAAUGUCUAGUUACGUCAAUGUGUAAGUUUUAUUAUUUAUGGCAGAUUCUGAGUAUAUUUUUAAACACAUUUAGUACAAAUUAUAUGUGUAAUGUAAUGAAUAUUUUUAAUUCAUUUGUAGAAUGCUACUUUUGCAUCCCUUAUGCAUUUAUUUGUUUAUAUUAACUUGUAUGUGUGUAUAUAGUAAACAUAAUAGUAUAUAUUUACUUCAAAUUAUUUUAGCUUUUAAGCCAAAAACUUAUUUAUAUAGUGAGUUCCUACAUUCAUCUGUGUCCCUACCAUUACCCUCUGUUUAUCUUUGUGCAAUAAUAACUUGUAUAAAUUAGUGUUUCAUUUUUCAUUUUAUUUGCGUUUAAGGAAAUAUUUGUUUUGUUUAUAUUUUUAAAAAAAAUUAUCACAUUUAAAUCAUUGAAUUUAUUUACAAUGUAAUUACAUGCUGUAAGAUUUUUUUGUUUUUUUGAAAGAUUUUUUUGCAACUACAUUUUAAAGCAAAGAAUGUUCUAGAUUUCAUUAACCACAUAGAGUGUUGAGCAAAGAAUGUUUUGCAAUGAAUGUUCAAAUUUAAUGUAAACUAAAAAUAUUUCAAAAAAGUUUAAUUGAAAAUCUAUCUUGUACAGAAUAUUAUGUAUCUAAAAGAUUGAAUUUGUUGACAAUGUAAUUAUAUGCUGUAGGAUUUUUUUUUCCUUCUUAAAGUAAGUAAAGAAUGUUCUAAAUUUCAUUAACUACAUUGAGUGUUUAGCGAAGAAUGCUAUGCAAUGAAGCAAAGAAUGUUCUAAAUUUAAUGAAAACUAAUAUUUCAAGAAAGUUUAAUUUAAAAUCUAUCUUGUACAGAAUGUUACGUAUCUAAAAGAUUGAAUUUGUUUACAAUGUAAUUAUAUGCUGUAAGAAUUCUUUUUUAAAGCAAACAAUUUUUUUUUUACAACUGCAUUUUAAAGCAAAGAAUGUUCUAAAUUUCAUGAAAACUAAUAAUAUUUCAAAAAAGUUAAAUUGAAAAUCUAUCUUGUACAGAAUAUUAUGUAUCUAAAAGAUUGAAAAUUUUAGUCAACUCAACUAUGUAUAUUGUACUGUUCAUGUGUGUACUUUUUUCCCAUAGUGUAAUUUUUUUUUCCAAAUGUAUAAUUGAAGGUUUUGGAUUCAGAAAUAGCAGUUUUUUACAUAUUGUACUGUGUACAUGAGUGUAUUGUUUUUUCUAAUGUGAUAAUUUUUUAUUCCAAAAUAUAUUGAAGGGCUUAGAUUCAAAAAUAGUAUUUUUACACAAUAUGUUAUACUAUUUACACGAGUGCACUUUUUUAAAGUGGUAUUUUUUGUUAAUAAGUGAAGUUGCAAGUUUUUCGUGCUAAAAAGGAUUGAAAUUCACUGAAGAUUUGUAAGCAAUUUUAAAAAUAACAAAAACACACGAAUAAAAAAAUUUGAAAAUUUUUAUUUUAUAUGUUUAUACAGUGUUAGUUUUUAUUUUUAUUUAAAGGGACAGAAUUUCAGUACGGAUCAUUAUGUGUAUUGUUAAAUUAUUGAAAUGAAUAUAACAUUGUUAAUCAAAUAUUCAUUUGUUAGCAUUAACACCUUUUCCAAUACUAGGGAUGUAAACAUUUCAUUGCCUAGUACAAUACCUAGUGUUAUUACUUCAUUUCAAUAAGUUUUCUAGUUUAGGAAAUAGCUAACUUAAUUUUUUUUUCUCUUUUGUAUUUUUAUUAAAUACUCCUUAAAAAGGCAUAGUAUCAUUAUUAAUUUACAUUCCAAGUGAUAAAAUGACCUCCUUACUUGAUAGAGUUUGGGACUUCUUGCACUUUAGCAAUUUUUGCUCGAAUCGUUGCAUUUUUAAAAAUUUGUGGAAUUCCGAAGGGAAAAAAAAAACAUUGAAUUUGCAUCAUGACUAACUUGCAACACUACUCAUAAGUAAUUUAUACACGUCAAAAAUAAGUUAGACAGCAAAAAUGCAAAAGAAAUGGAUAAAUGUUUUUUUUAGCCGCUUUUAAAACUUAAACCAGGAACUGAAUUACAUUUAAGUCCAAUUUGGAUGUUUUUUCUUUUCACUUUCCCUUCUUUUGCUUUUACUUGACAAAUAUUGAAUUAAACCCUUCAAUUGUUAAAUAGCAUUUAUUUCUUUUUUUAUCAGACUUGAUCAGUUUUAUGUUCUUAAAUUAUUUAAAAGCUUUUAGUUGUAGUGUUAUAUAUUAUGUUUUAAUACUUCCUGUGAUUUUUAAAACUAAAUAUUUUAGUCUAACUAUUGUAUGAUGGCAUUGUGGUUUGAUAAAAUGUCAAAAAAUGUUUGAAUCGCACAAUGGAGUGUCAGAAUGUUGUGUACUUUUUAUUGUGUCGUAUUUUAUGGACCAAAUUUAUAUUUUCUAGUCAACUUUUAGUUUGUUAAAAACAUAUAUUUUAAAAAAUGCAGGUUUUGUCUAAAAAAAAAUAUUUUUUUUUGAGUUUGCACUGAUGCUUUAGAGAUUUUAUUGAUAAAUUCUGAGUGUAUUGUUUCAUCAGUGUUUCAAACCUGCUUUUUCCCUUUAAUCGAUUUAAAUCUAGCCAAAUUAUAAUUUAUUCCAUUCCUAUUUAUCAUUAAUUCAUUUUGAAUGAUUAAUAUAUCUUAAUUAAUUUUUCUAAUUAAUUAUAAACCAUGAUAAUCAUUAAUGAUAACAGCAAAAUUAUUGUUUGUUAUUUUUAAAAUAUUUUUUUUUAUUUCAAUAUUUUUUAUAGAAUUGUUUUCUUUAUAAUGAUAUUUAUUGAAUUAUAAUGUUAUGUAUUCGUUACAAUUUGCAUCAUCGUUUUUGUUGAUGAUUUCUUCAUUAAUAUUUAUAAUUCAUUUUUAAAAUUAUGUGCAGCCCUGCAUGACAAUAUAAACAAUGAAGAACUGUUUCUUAAGUGUGGUUUUAAAUUACGAGCUUUCACUAUAAUUUCCUGUGAUGUCACUCGAACUUGUCAGCUAUAAAGAGAGCUAGGUUGCAUUGGGUACAAUUUAUUGCAAAUUUAACUUCAUUUUAACAAUGGCCAUUUUUUUUUUUACCUUUCCAAUUUAUUAUAGAAUUAAACCUAAUGCUGUUUGCAUACUCUUCAUUAACAUUUGUGUUUUCUAUAAAAUAAAAUAGUCUUUAAUAUAUAUACCAGAUUGUUAUAAUGCAAACCUUAAAAUAUGAGGCACUGUGUUAUACUGAGUCUUGUGUUAUAUGGAUAAUUUUACAUUAGUGUUUUGGCGUUUUCAAGAAAUUUUCAUAUUUCAAACUGUCUGACCUUAAAAAGUUCCCCUAUAAGUUCCUGAAUAAGAAACAAAAAAUGAUUUUUAAAUAUUGAGUCCUUUACAGUUUUUUUACGACUCCGCCAGAGUUAGUAGAUUUAUAUGCUUGCUUCUUUACAGAACCCUUAGUGGAGAAUUGCAAGGAUGUAAAUUAGGAGCCCUUGGAGGUCAACAAUGAAAAUUACUAUAUUCUCCAAUGCCCUUUAUAUAUUGUUUUAAUUUUCAUUUACUAAGUAAAAAUAAAGAGAACGAAAAUUGACGAAACAUGACUGACAUUGAGCAAUUAAGGAAUUAAAUAGAAUUUGUUUCUUAAGUGUUAAAUUUUUAUAAAAUUGGCAGCUAUUUUUUUAUUUUUACGAAAUGUGUUAAAAUGUAAUAAUAGCCAUUGCUUGCUUAUUUUAAAAAUGUCUUUAAAAUACCAAAAAAACAAUAUAGAAAUCAUAAAUAAAUACAUUAGAAAGUCACAUAGCCACUGUGGUACUAUAAACAAAAGGCAUCAUCAGUACUGUGAGAUACGGAGUGUAUCUCUGUACUGAUGAUGGUCCUUGCUUGAAGUACUGAAGCGACCGUCUCUCUUGCCAACUACUAUACUUGUGCUUUCCGCCUCGUUCCUAUGUUAUUUUAAUAACAGCACAAAAGAGUACACUUCUUUUUGAUAAUUACCUCUUCUGACAGCUUUUUUUUUUUUUAAUGCUUUGUGUUCAUUUGUUUUGUUUUAGAUGGAUAUAAAUAGAUGUUUUCUUAUGUAUGUACAUAAUUUUAUAUAAAUAUAUUUGCCAUCUUUUAGUAAGCACUUUUUUAUGAUGUCUAUACACUCUAAAGCUUUCUUCUCUUACUUCAAUUGUAAGUGCUGUAGAAAAAAAUCUAGUCUUAAAUUUUAAGGCUAUAUUGUAAAUUAUGCAUUCUCUUAUAUAUAAAAAAAAUUUAUGUAUUUAUAAUUGUAUAUUAAAAAUACAUUAUAAUUUA